UGUCUGUUACCAGCCACCAGAUCGGACUUGCUGCGUUCACGUAGAUGAAUGGGCUCUGGUCUAAUACUGUCAUAGUGAUUAACGGAAGACCAAUAUGGCUGUUCCGAGGCUGGGAGCCGUGGAUGGUGGUAGUAGCGAUCGAACCCCGCACCGUGUUGGUAUAUAGACUUCACUUCUAAGCAGUCUAAUAACCACCCCAUUUAUUACUACCAGUACUACGACCUUACACCUGCAGCACGCUGCAAGACAGAGAUCCAGCUACAACAUGUCAAUCAUCAUCACCGGCGCAAGUGGCUACGUAGGCCAGGAGUUGGCCGCCGCACUACUAUCGACCUACCCGGAGAUUACAGUGACGCUGACCGACGUGGUGACGCCCACGGUGCCUGAAUCAGCCGCGCAGCAUGCCUCGCGAGCCCGCUGCCUCGAAGCGGAUCUCACCUCGCCAGCAGUCGUGGACGAGACCUUCACCGCGGCACAACCAUUCGACACGGUCUACCUCCUCCACGGCAUCAUGUCCAGCGGGUCGGAGGCCAACUUCGAGCUGGGGAUGAAGGUCAACCUGGACGCGACAUGCAACAUCCUCGACCGCCUCCGCACGGUCACGCCGGGCGUGAGGGUCGUGUUCACCUCGAGCCUGGCCGUCUACGGGCCCGCGCCCGCCGGCUUCGUUAUCGACGAGACCAACUUCCCAGCCAUCCCGGCGUCCUCGUACGGCUCGCAGAAGUUGAUCAUUGAGACCCUGCUGAAUGACUACUCGCGCCGCGGGUUCCUGGACGGCCGCGCCGUCCGUCUGCCGACCGUCACCGUGCGCGCCGGCAAGCCCACCCAGGCCGCUAGCAGCUUCGCCAGCGAUAUCAUCCGCGAGCCGUUCCACGGCCGCAAGGCCGUGCUGCCAGUGCCUAAGGAGACGGAGAUGUGGAUAUGCUCGCCUGCUACGGUUGUUCGGAAUCUGUUGCAUGCGCGCGAGGUGCCGAAGGAGGCGUUUGGCAAUGGGUCGCGUGCGGUUAAUUUGCCAGGCUUAUUGGUUAGUAUUCAGGAGAUGUUGGAUGCUUUGGAGGUGGUGGGCGGUACUGAGCGCCGCGCAUUGGUCGAGGAGAAGUAUGAUGCUGAUAUUGACCGGAUCGUGCAAACGUGGACGCCCAACUUCAAUACCGCCAGGGCGCGGCAAUUGGGGUUUGUAGAGGAUGUGUCGAUGAUGGAGAAUAUUCGGCAGUAUGCUAGUCGGUUUGCAUGAGGGCGCAUGGUGUGGAAGAGACGAUAGAUUGUGGCUGUAGUGGUUGUUGUUCGAUUUGUAUGUCUCGUUGUAUGGCUGUAUGUAGA